AUUCACACGACUCAACCCACGGAAAAAUGGCACUCAAACCCAAAUCACUGGCUGGUUCGGGCUAUGUCAUUCUCAACGUGCUCAAGGGCAUGAACAUUACCGGACUGCUAGCUAUCAUCNGCUGCAAGCGUUCUCAUGCUCAUCAAAACAACUACCGAUUCGAGCUCGCUAACAAUCAUCAGUUCUUCUUCUUCGAUGCUGUUACCCAUGCUGUGGUAGCGUCCGUGGCCAUAUUCUUGAUCACCUCAGAGGUUGGCAUCUUCAGUGGCUACUUCGUUCGCAACUGGCCUCUGCUCAGCCUGGAACAUGGUUUCGUCGGUCUUGCUUCAGUAAUGGUCAUCCUCGGUAUGCACGUUUUGGCAUGUCUCAACAAGUCCAACAACAGCAAAGAGCACCUGGGCAUGGCAUUCUGGCGUGUCGUGAUCAUGGCAGGUAUCCUCAACCUCAUCCUCGGAAUUCUCAACUUGAUCGCANGUAAGUCUAUUCAUGAAUCGCCAACUGAACAAUUUGCUGACUACAGACAGAACUUCGUGUUUCGCGAUAGUGCCCAGGGAAUCACAGCGCGUCAGGUCCGCGCCCGAGGAGCCGAAGCGGCCGAUGUGGCCUACAUCCAGCGAAGCAACACCUCAGCAAGCGUGGCUAAAUCAGUGUCGUCCCGCCGCACCGCGAGCGACAGCUCGUUCAAGCAAGAGUACACUUUGCCCUCUUAUCACAGUCCUUCGCCUGUACCUCAACAACAUAUCGAGACACCAGUAUCUCCUUCCUUGUACUCUCGCGCUACCUGGUGUAGCAAGAAGAAGUUUUUCAGCCGCAAGAAGGAGAGUAUGGGUCCUCCACUCCCAGUCAACAUCUCAGCACCGUAUGAUUUCGAGGCGCAAUACCCUUCUACCGUCGGAAGACCCGACUCGACACUCCAUCCCAGCCGCGACAUUGAAAGUGAAACUCACAGAUGGAAGGCAGGACGC